AUGGUGCAGCAGAAGGUGCACCAGGAUAUUCCUCAGCUGCUGCGUAAAGGAUUGGUAGGCGUCGGCUGCUGGAACUCUAUGACACUUCUCAGGGAAUCCGAAAUGGCCUCUACACUUGUAUUUCGGCGGCCUGAAGUGAGAGCUCACGACCAGAGCCUUCACACCAGAUUCCCCUUCAACAUCGGACCAGAGCAGGCGCAGACAUUUCGGGCCCCGUCCGUUGUCACCACCGUCGUGAAUCCAGAGGAGGCAGUUGAGGCCGUGCCCCAGAGGAGAAGCCGAAGGUUUAGCAUGAGUGAUGCCCUCAACCAAAGCGCGAACUCAACAACCGCUCGCAGCGGCUCAACACUGUAUCCGCCGUCUCGUGUUCUAGAACUGGGACUGAGCAGACGCUCACGAUCACGAUCUCGCUCCAACAUCCGCGCACGAUCGUCCAGCGUCACGGCUGACGUUCGCCGUUCAAGCUCAAUGAUCAGAUCAACCUUUAACAGGCUGAGCGGCAGGCGGAAAACAAAAGACGAAGAAAAGGAGGACAUUGAUGAGAUUGAGACCGAGUUAGACGAACUCGACCUUUUACCGAACGAACCAAGAAAGGCUAUUCCAGUAUUUACCCCCGAUCAAGCUACUCCCCCAAACCCGCUCAUGGAGUUCCGUGGCGGAGCCCUCUGGGGUGCUCUCCUUAAGGACCGCCGUACCCUGGGCCUGGACGUCUUCUGGUCAGUCCCAUCGGAACAACCCACCCAGACGGACACAAACGUGUUGGAGGAGAAACAUAAGACGGGCCCUCCCGCAGAAGGUGAAAACAAAGACGAUCACGAAGAACCCUCCGUUCUCCCCAUAGACGAAAUGGCCCCCCUCUGCACAUUCCGUAACCUGCGGAUCCUAAAAAUCACGGGGAUGAUGCAGUCUUAUCAGAUGUACAUCUUCCAAGCAGCAUGGCUCAACACCGAUCUCGAGGAGCUUGAAAUCGGCAUGGCUCUACAGCCACGUCUCCGCCGCGGCUACAAAUGGCCUUACAUCAAGGGAGGUUGGCGUCUGAAUAAAACUACCUACGCUGAACCUGUUUACCACGGAACAGGCUACGGCACCCUCCUCCGCACUGUUGGAGUCGCCGAGUACCUCGAUAAGAUGUGUAUUGAGAAAGCCAAGAUCCGCGCGAUGGCAUCUGGAAGUACCCGAAACCGUCUGUCUAUCCGGACAUUGAUCCUCACGGGGGUCGUCGUCGACGCAGACCCCUUCUUGCACUGGUUCGACCCGAAGCGUCUCAAAUGCAUCAACUUCAAAGAUAACUGCGUCGAUGCGGGGUUUUACCUCAGUCACUGUAUGAAGAAUGUGUCAGUUUUAUAUCCGAAGAAAAUCAGAGAGCCCAUCCUUACGGGCAGACGGGUCGAUCUUUGUAGGGAGUUGAAGGUUGUCCGCAUUAAGGGGGAAAGGAAGGUCAAGAAAAUCGAGUAUCGGGAUGUAGAGACUUUGAGAGAUGCUGAGGAGGAUGAAGAUGACCGGAGAAACGGAUAG